CUGACAAGAAUGGACGUGUUUCAUCUUUAUCAGACAGUUAUUUGUUUUUUGACUGUUUGGACAAUUGGACUGGCGGUAAAUUGCAAUAAUAAUCAGUUUGAGAGAAAUGGAUUAUGUUGUGAUGUUUGUCCUCCAGGAAAAUAUGUCAAGGAGACCUGCACUAAGGAUAAAACCACUGUCUGUGUCAACUGCCCAGAGGGCUAUUUCUCUGAGUACCCUGACAGACUUCAGAGCUGUCUGCCAUGCCUCCAAUGUGAACAGGAUUAUAACAGAAAAUGCACCCUGACCACAAAUGCAAAGUGCUCAUGUCGAUCUGGUUUCCGGUGCUCAGACCAUGUCUGCUCAAAAUGUGAAGAGGACAAGAAAUGCCAAAAGGGGGAGGAACUGAAGAUGACCGGUUCCAGGGAUUAUUCCUUUAAGUGUGAGCCAUGCCCUGAUAACACAUACUCUGACACAAGGGAGGGUAUCUGCAAGCAGUUUACACGGUGUGGUGACAUUGGUCUCGCAGUGGGAUUUCCUGGAAACAAGACCCACAACUCAAAUUGCCAUGCUCAUGCUCAUGCCCAGAGUGGCACCCUGCAGAUUACAGCCAUUGGACUCUUCUUGUUUGCCUUUGCCCUCCUGAUAUUUCUCUCCCAAACCUGCAUAAAGAAAAUCAGGCAGAGAAAACGCAAAGCCAGAAACUGUCCUGUAGCAAUCAUCUCAGCAAAUGUUCCAGAAACUUCUUGGUGUCCUCUGUCGAAAGAGGAGAUUGGGAACCAGCUGAUCCAGCAGAUCAAGCUAAACUCAAUACAUAACAGCGUUCUCUCUCUGGAACACCAGCAAACUAUGCUCUGACCAGAAUGGUUAUCAUGGUCAGAUCUCUGAACUGAAAGAGAUUACAUUGAAUUGAAGAUUGCAGGACAUUAAAUUGCUGGUGUUUUCUGUUGAGAUCCUACCCUGCAUUUGGUUUACAGUAGUUACCUUUUCUCAUAUAAAAUACUUUUAAGUGACAAUAUACUACAGUUUAACUGGUGAACUAAUUGACGAAUCUGACAUCCCUCUGAUCUGACUAAUUCCUCUGAUCAGAGUGGCAGGUUCUAUAAAAUGUUAUUCUUAUCUUUUCAUGCUCAUUUGUUUGUCUAAAGUGAUUUUUUUUCUUUCUGUUUGUAGUUUGUAGUUUGUUAGUUUGUUCAUUUAGUUGACUUGCAACUAGAAAGUAAUGUUCUCUGUUUAUAAUUGACAUUUAUUUUUUUAGAUUUGUCGUGUGCACUGCAUAAAUACUUAAGUGCAGAUGUAGUCUUUUACAUAAAUCUUUUCAAUUGGUUUUGUAAAUAAUAACGUGAAACAUGUGUGAGUCAGGUGGCUGAGCGGUUAGGGAAUUGGGUUAGUAAUCAGAAGGUUGCCAGUUCAAUUCCCUUUGCCAAGUUUGUGCCAAAUGACGUUGUGUCCUUGGGCAAGGCACUUCACCCUACUUGCCUCGGGGAGAAUGUCCCUGUACUUACUGUAAGUCGCUCUGGAUAAGAGCUUCUGCUAAAUGACUAAAUGUAAAUGUGUAACACAUGAACGGUGACAUAAAAAAAGACUAGGUUAAUGCAAUCAAUACUUUUUUUCAGAUGACUGGUAUGCAUAUGUUAUGCAAUAAAUGUAUAAAUCAUACAUACAUUUAUGUUAGGGAGUCAGGCUAGUAAUCCGAAGGUUGCCAGUUCGAUUCCCGGUCAUGCCAACUGACUUGCCAAGUUUGUGCCAAAUGACGUUGUGUCCUUGGGCAAGGCACUUCACCCUACUUGCCUCGGGGAAUGUCCCUGUACUUACUGUAAGUCGCUCUGGAUAAGAGCGUCUGCUAAAUGACUAAAUGUAAAUG